AUGAUCAAGCUCUAUCGACAAUUCUUCCGCGAUCAUAGGCUCACAAUAUACUGGCAAGCGGUCGAGAAUCUGUCCUCGGCAGGCACUGCUCUAAUGUCCAGCUACGUUACUUCAUCUCGGGUCCGAGAACAACUCGACCUACGCUCUCUGGAAUCACUUGUGAACACUUGCUCAUCGGUCCUCUGGGGCAUGGUAGAACACUUCCCCGAUUUCAAGGGGAAACGUGACGCUUUCGAUAUCAAUGCGUCUAAGGUACUUGCUGACCUAGCUCAAAGUAAUGAGAAAACACAAACGCCAAUGGCAACUGCACUUGACUUUACAACAACGAAGAUGGGCAAUAGUAUCCUCCGUUCGUCUGACAUGGAACCAUCGGAUGAUCUUGCAGCCGCAACAGACUCAGAUUCGGGUGGUGUCGCGAAACGGAUCCUGGACCCUCAGUUCUCUUUGCCGAUGACAGAUGUUGGGCCUGACACAUACACUCCUCAGGUGGAUUUUUCGCUUUCCGAUUUCGAUGAUGUAUCAUUCGAUUGGGAAGCGUUCCAGAACAUGAAUGAGUUUCUUGUGCUGACGUGGACCUAA